GUUUCAGUGACGGGAGAGAUUUUUCUUCCAAAUGAGCGAUAAUCCGUCGCCCUCAGUUGGUUCUUGACAAGGUAGAGAGGAACAGUCUUUAAAUACUCAUGGUCAUGAUAGUCACUGUCCUUGUUUUGGGGAUGUCCCUUCUGCAACGCGCACUUACGUUUAACAUCGAUGUUCAGUUUUCUACUUCUGUAACUGGGCCAUCUGGUUCAAACUUCGGGUUUAGCGUCGCCAUGUGGUGGAUGGAUGGAAUGUCCAGAUUAGCCGUUGGGGCUCCUGGAUACAGUGUGUCUGGAGGAAACUCGCAGCAGCGCCACCCAAUCCAAGAAGGAGCUGUUUUCUUGUGUGACUUCACUGAUGAAAUGUCUUACGAAAGCUGCAGUUUGUUGCCAAGAAACUUCGAUAUGACGGACGCUCAGGAUAAGACGAGAGACCUGGUAGAGUUUGGAUUUGGUUCAACUGUGGUCGCUGGUGGUAGAAAUAAUACUUCCCUCUUGGUAUGCGCUCCGCAGUCGUACAACGUUUUCAAAAGGGGUCAGCUGCAUUCUUACAAAACAGUUGGCGAAUGUGUGCUACUGGAUUCCUCUUCUUCGUCAGGAGUGAGAAUCAAACCGAAUGUAGGUGGUCAGGAAUACAUAGAUGACUUCGUGUAUUGCGGCUUUUCGGCCGCCUUUUCCAAAGACAAUACAGCGAUCUUCGUGAGUUGUCCCAGCAUUAGCUUAGAGAGCAGCAAAUUCAAGAUAAUAACCUACAAUAUCACGACUAGAGAGGUUCUGCAAUACGAUUUGACAGAUAUUUGUGAAGGAAAUUACUACAAAGGCUGGCAUGUUGCUCCUGGCAGCCAUGGAGAUGGGAUUGUAGCAUCUUGCAUUGGUACAGGACAGGUAGAUGCGAAGGUCAUCAAGACUGCUGGUAGUCCGCACUCGAGCCAACUACUGGAGGUCAUGGGCUUGACCGUCGGAGAGAGGGCGGGCUUCAGCCUCGAAACCUGUGAUAUCGACGGAGACGGUGAGGAUGAAGUGAUCGUCGGAGCGCCUUUUGGCCGCGUCAGUCGAGAAUAUGCAAACUCUCUUUGGAUGGAGACGGGGAAAAUUGUCGUCCUGGGAAAAAAGAAAUGCUUUCAGGGUAAACAUUCGACUUACGACGGCCCACAAGAAUUCAGCAGAUUCGGUGCAAGCGUCGCGUGUCUGGGGGAUCUAAACAAGGACGGAUACCAGGAUAUUGCAGUGGGAGCGCCACAGCAAGCCAACGGCGGAGCUGUGUUUAUAUACUCGGGUUCCAAGGAAGGACUCAAACCUCAGCCAUCUCAGGUGAUCCACGGAGCAGAUGUCAAACCACAUAUGGUUGGAUUUGGCUACAGCCUGGCCAGUGGUCAUGACCUCGAUGGCAACGGGUAUCCUGACCUACUCGUUGGGUCACCACAGUCUAAUGCCGUCGUUUCUCUCAGGACGGCGCCUGUUAUAAAGAUUGGUGUUCAUUCAUUCCGGUUCAGUGAAGAGCAAGUUGAUCUUCAGAGGCCUGAUCAUACCCUCCACCUCAUCGUUGAGGUCGACUGCCGCAGUGAACACAAUUUUGUUGUUGAAAUGGAGUUGAUUUUAAAUCUCGAUGUCAGCCAGAGGUGGGGAAAGCGGAUUCUAUUCGAGGAGAACAGCCAGGCUUCCCUUGAGCGACGCGUAGAGCUAGAAAACGUUGGGAUCAAUCAUUUUUCGUUUCCUGUCUACAUUGAGAUCUCGAGCGCCGAAGAUGUGGUAGACGUCUCAUACUCUGACCUGAAGAUGACAUUGGCAGAGGUCAGACCUUCGUCCGAGGAAACCAUGAUGCCUGUCUUGGAGGACCUUGAAAAUCCAGGGACUCAGUGGAAGGAUCUCGCGAGGACAACCUCAGUCAGAUUAAGCUGCAGCAGUAACAUUACCUCUUGCAUUGCCACUACCAACAUCGGAAUCGAAACAAAGACGCAAAGGAUGCCUUUUGACGUUGGUUUGAGAGAUGUAGAGCUAACAAUUGACAUAACAGUGGAGAACGCCACGGCAUUCGAUCCUACGCUCACCCUAACGACGCCUCAGGGACUGGCAUUAAGGAGAGCUUACUUUACUAACAGUUUCACUGACCUUUCCUGUCAAAGCGAUGGAAGCUGUUUGGCGAGUAGUGAAGCCUGCCUACCUGUCCAGGUCUGUACCUCUUCCCGCACGAAGCUGAGACCUGCUGAUAAGGAAAGCAUUGCGCUCCUGUUCAAACAAAAGAGAGACGAAGUCAUUUCCUUCACCAACAAUCAUCCAAACCCGCAAAUGAACUUCUCUGUGACAGUGGGAUCCGUCAACGAAGAUUUUGAUGAAUCCGACAACACUUUGAGCUUGACAUUCCUGCCCCAAGUUUCACCUGACUUCUAUAUCUUGGGACUGAGCGUUCCAGAAACAUUGAGCAUAGAGGCCUCCUCCAGCAAGGAUGCUGAUGGCGUUGACAUGACAAGAGUCCAAGAUGUUUUUCUUGCAAAUGAUCACAUCAAUAAGAGUGACCUCGGCCCUACAGUGAAACACUCUUAUGAUCUGACAGAAAGUGGAGACAUUCCUCUGGAGGAAAUCCAGGUUGAUAUCUAUUGGCCCAUUCGAAACGGAACAGACAACAGGACCUUCUCGUUUCUGAAGACUUCGCCAAAGGUUUUUCCUUCAGCUGCUGGUCUGUGUCAGUACAAUGGCACCUUCUGGGAUCAUUCUUCGUUCUUAGACGACAACUCCUUCGUCUAUGCCAUUUUUAGGUGCAGUCUGCGUCCAACAGCACAAAAUGGAAAAUUAAUACUAACAACAGAAGCCGUUUUAGUCAAAUCCUUCUUUCUGAAAGCACCGAGUUCAGUCAGUCUGAGAUCACAAAUCACAGGGAGCAUAGCAAGACCUACAUCUUGGCGUUUCAAUCCAUCAUUAGACCAACAGGAAAGUAAGGAGGUCAUACGAACCCUCACCGUCUUGACGAAAGUUUCUGUCAUUCUCGAAAGAGGUCAGCUGCCUCCUCCAUGGGUCAUUCUUCUCUCCGUGAUAUCGGGAUUAGCACUGCUCGGAGUCUUGGCCUAUGGCAUGUACAAGGUGGGAUUUUUCAAGAGAAGACUGGUCCCUAGAUUCCACAAGCACGAGGAAGCUGUUGCAACCAAUAACGAAGACUCGAUUUCCAAUGGAAACUAAUGUUGGCACAAACCCUUUAUUGUCGGCUACUUAACAUCUAAUGGUAGACAAUGGAAAUUCUUGUAAUUAUUUUCAUAAAUUUUGUAAGUUAAUUAUCCUGAAAUAAAUUAAGCAAACGCACUCUCUCUCUCUCUCUCUCUCUCUCUCUCUCUCUCUCUC